GACUCGGGUCCCAUUUUGAGCAUUGUUACCCGUGUCCCCCGACAGCGCCCCAGCCAGAGCGCACCACAUUGUGCAGUACCCACACGCAGCCAAGAGCGUGAAGCGCGUUUGGCGACGGCGACAACCCCCUGACUUGGUGGACCGAUCGCUGCCACCGUCGCCCCCACGUCGUAUUCGCGCCUAGCAGCCGACACUUGACCCAAGUGUUAUUCCUCGCGCUCCCCCUUCUCUGCGCCCACUGCUCUCCGCCUCCCCGCCAUGGACCGCGCGCCAAUCGACCCUGACGGCCCCUCCCCUCAUGGCGAACCUUCCGCGCCCCUCGUCGCGGACGGCGCAGGGGCGGCGCGCGCGAGCGCGAGCGGCGGAGUGGUGUUCACUCCGCUGUACGGCGCGCACUCCGACGACCCGCUGUGCUACCACCUGCGCGUGGGGCGGCUGCACCUGCUGCUCGACUGCGGGUGGACCGACCUCCUCGAUCCCGACCUCCUCCAGCCGCUGCGCGCCGUCGCCCCCGCCAUCCACGGCGUGCUGCUCUCGCACCCCGACAUGGCGCACGCCGGCGCGCUGCCGUACGCGUACGCGCACCUGGGGCUGCGCGCGCCCGUGUUCUGCACGGUGCCGGUGGCGCGCCUGGCGCAGCUGAUGCUGUACGACCAGUUCCUGGCGCGGCGCGCCGCUGAGGACUUCGAGCUGUUCACCCUGGACGACAUCGACGGCGUGUUCGACGGCGCCGUGUGCCUCAAGUACGCGCAGCCGCACACCGUGGGCGACGAGCAUCACGGCGUCAGCGUCACGCCGCUCGCCGCAGGGCACACGCUGGGCGGCACAAUCUGGCGGAUCUCCAAGGACACGGAGGACAUCGUCUACGCCGUUGGAUUCAACCACCGGGAGGAGCGCAUUCUGGGCCGCACGGUGCUGGAGACGGCGGUGGUGCGGCCGGCGGUGCUGGUGGCGGACGCGGGCACGGCGGCGGUGGCGGCGGUGAAGCGCAAGCAGCGCGACGCGGCGCUGGUGGACGGCAUCAGCAGCGCGCUGGGCGAGGGGGGCUCCGUGCUGCUGCCCGUCGACACGGGGGGGCGCGUGCUGGAGCUGCUGGCGCACCUGGAGCACGUGUGGGGCGCCAUGGGGUGGGCGCACCCCGUGCUGGUGGCCACGGGGGAGAGCUACAGCAUGGUGGAGUGCGCCAAGGGCAUGCUCGAGUGGCUCAACCCCGACACCGCCCGCCAGUUCGACGCCUCGCGCACCUCGCCCUUCAACUUCAAGUACAUCCGGCUGUGCCACAGCGUGGAGGAGGUGGAGGAGACGCCAGGGCCCAAGGUGGUGCUGGCAUCGCUGGCCAGCAUGGAGGCGGGCUUCGCCCGCGCGCUCUUCGUGCGCUGGGCGCCCGACCUGCGCAACACGCUGCUCUUCACCUCGCGUGCACCGCCCGGCUCCCUCGCCCACACGCUGCAGACACAGGAUGUACGGUUCCCGGUGGUGAGUGUGAGCAUGAGCGCGCGCGUGCCCCUGGAGGGCGAGGAGCUGCGCGAGUACGAGGAGCAGCAGCGCCAGCAGCAGCAGCUCGCCAUGGACGCCGCCAGGGGGGGGCAGGGGGACGCGGAGGCGGAGGCGGAGCAGGGGGGGGGGAGGACGCCGAGGGGGGGGAGGAGGGUGAUGCAGGGGAGAAGGAGGAGGAGGGGGAGGAGGCCGAGGGGGAGGUGGUGGAUGGCGAGGAUGCAGCCCUCCCCCACCCCCCGCCUCCCCCCCUCGGACGUGUUCUGCGAGGGCUUCUCCCCCCUGCCCCUGGCGCCCUUUCCCCGCGCCCUCCCUUCCCACGGCGCCGCGCGCUCGCGGGAGCGCGAGGGGUGGGUGGCGGGGCCGGUGUUCCCCUUCAGCGAGGGCGGGGGGGGCGGGGGGCGGUGGGACGAGUACGGCGAGGUGGUGGACGCCGAGGGGCUGGCGGCUGUGGUGGAGCAGAUGAGAGGACCCAUCCGGCCAACAGCGAGUGGGUUGGAGGCGGCGGGGGUGGACAUGGCGGCGCUGGCGGAGGCGGAGGAUGCGCUGGCGCUGAUGGAGCGGCCCAGCCGCGUGCGCGUGGAGCACGUCACCGUGCAGGUCAACUGCGCCAUCCGCUUCGUCGACUACGAGGGGCUCGCAGACGGCCGCUCCGUGCGCACCAUGCUGGCCCAUGUGCAGCCCCUCAAACUCAUUCUGGUGCACGGCACGGCGGAGGGCACAGCAGCCAUGCAGCAGCAGGCGCUCGCGGGCAUCUGCAGCGAGUGCGUGGCGCCACGGGCGGGGGAGAGCGUCGACCUCACGGCAGACCUUGCCACCUUCAAGGUGAAGCUGACAGACGACAUCUUCAGGACCCUGCACUUCAACAAGCUACCGGGCGACUAUGAGGUGGCAUACGUGGAGGGGCGCCUGCACCCCUCCUCCACCCCCCCUCCCCCCGCCUCGCUCUCCCUGCUGCCGCGCAUCACAGGGCCCCCUCUGCUGCCCACCCGCUCUGGGUCAGGGGCAGGAGGGCAGGGGGGCGAUGGGGGGGAGAAGGUGCAGGGGGGAGAUGGUGAGGGGCAAGCUGGGGCGGAAGAGGGUGGGGCGAGUGGGGGGGGUGGGCGGCCGCUGAUGGAGCUGGUGCCGGUGGGAGGGGAGGGGGAGGACGCCAGGCGCAGAGCGGUGAUGGUGGGGGACGUGAAGCUCAAUGAGUUCAGGGUGCUGCUGCAAGCACACGGACUCCAGGCUGGGUUCGUCAACGCGACCCCUGUAUCAACGGCUGGGGCUGCCGUGUUGAAGUGUGGUGAUUCGCUUGCAAUAAGAAAGGUUCCAGACCAUAGGGUUGUACUUGAAGGUUCGAUUUCUGAUGACUACUACAGGGUUCGACAAAUGCUCUACUCACAAUAUUCGACAUUGUAAUUGAACCUAUUUUCUCGUGAAUGUAGCUUCGUGGUACGGCCCUUUAUGUAUAACGCGUCCGCUUUGGCAGGGUCUCGUUGGAAGGCAUGAUGGCUGGUACGCCAGGCGCGAAUGUGAGGCGAGAGUCACGAUGGUCAAUCCAUCACGAGCCAUCUGUCAGCAACGGCCGACAGCCAUCGUGUUGGACCGACCGUCACAAUCUCGCUCCCACGUUCGCUCAACCACCAAAAACAGCGGACGCGCAAUUCGCGACUGUUGGUAACGAAUCUCGUACUCUCGCACUUCGUUAUUUUCAGCCCUUCAGUUUCGCCCACAACAUAACCUGGGUCGCAGCAUGUCGGUGGCGACGAUGCGGCACGGCGGAGGAGGGGCGAUUUUGGCCUGGAUGAUGUCGAGG